AUGGUAGAAAGUGUACUGAACAAGUAUUGCCUGGUAUCAAAAGUAUGCUGCUUCUGUGUCUCACUAAGGAAUGGAUGUAUACUGAUAGCCUUGGCAGGAUUUAUACCAUGUUUAUACCUGUUCAUGGUGUACGCCUCAGGGGAUUCGACGUUGCUAAACAAUGGAGUGAAUGAAGUGGUUACUGAGAUCAUUCUGCAUAUUUACGCUAUACUGGGAUUAGUUUUGUGUGGAGUGAACAUCAUACUCUUUGUUGGCGCAAUAACGUUCAACGAAAAGUUGAUAUUAAAUUACUUAAGGUUCGCCUGCGUGUACUUCGUUGUGGACUUCGCCAGUGUACUCGUUAUAUGCAUUUCUGCAGCGUUGAGUGGUUACUUACCGUUCGCGGGAAUAUUUUUUCUAGUAGAUGUUUGUUAUUGGGCUUUAAUAUACUUUUAUAUUUUACCAAUCGUGAAUGGAUUUAGGAAAAAAAUACACACCAUUGUCAUAUAUGUGAAUUAA